GUAUCAAGUAUUGCUCCAUUUCAAGAUCCAAGGAUUAGUAUCAAUAGCCAUUCACUGAAUCAUUUAAAAAUAAUUCCUACAUGGAAUGAUUUGACACUAGAAUUUUCAAUUAAAACAAUGACCAAAAAACACACUAGUGAAAUAUUGAUUCAAAAAUGGGUAAAACAAAACAGAUCUAGAUGGUGGAUUCAUACAAAUAAAGCAAAAAACAUAAAUUAG